AUGGCCUCAAACUCCUCUACUUCUCUCCCUGGCUUUCCUUUUAAGAGCCCGUACGAUAAAACUUCUGAAUCAAAUGCUUCCACACCAAUUCCUCUUCCUGAUAAUGUCGCUACCAAUAUCAAAGCUUCCCGCACUUCAUCCACUGAACUCACCGAUCACGGCCCUCUGCGCUAUAGCAGAACUAAUUCGGUCAACACUAUCGUUAACGUGGAUUUCGAUGUAAAAUUUAGCAACGUCUCAUCCCCGCCAGAGGUCGACGGUCCAGAUAUAGCGAUUUCAACAUGGGAGGCUCCAGGUAAUGAUCGUAUCUUCCCUCACUUCAGUCAUGGCUGUCCUAAUAAGGAGGCACAUGAGCUAGGCACCUUCUGCGAGGAGUGCCGCGGAAUCGGUAUGCCAUGGGGAGCAGAGCUUCCGGUCUACCACACCGAAGAUAACCUCGCCCUUCUUCAUGGUCCACCAGGUACUCUUGUGGAUCACGUUCUUCUGGCCGAUGAGGAAGCUGUCGCUGUUUUGUCGAUCGUAGCUUCGAUGGAUGUUCGCGGUCGUCUCUACAGCAAGGUCGAUGGCCUUCCCAAGCUCAUGCGCCGCUUCCCUGAGUCGGUCUAUGCUGGCCAGAACAUUGCAGAUCUCCACCGAUCACUUCUCCGAGUUACCGGUCCCGAGCACGAGCUUAUUGAAGCCCAUAUGAUUGUCGAGGAAACCCUGAGAGAUCCCCACCUCACUUGGGAGACCCUUGGUAACAGAAUCUAUAAUCACAUGCUUUCCGUCGCUCCUGUUCUCCAUUACGGGCUUUCCGCCGAGGAGAUUGCCGCUCCACUUAUCUAUGAAGAGAGGAAGAUUCCGAAGUCGAAAAAUAGCAAGGGAAUGUGGAAGGCUCCUCCAAAGACAGAUGAUGAUUCGAAAUGGGAGUUCUGUCCUGGUUCGGAUACCAGUUUAAUUAUCGUCGGCAAGCCUGAGCCUCAGAAAUUCUUCCUCAUCCGUCAGAAGAAGAACAACCCAAAUAUCAAGGACUGCCGUCAAUACCCUGGCUGGGAGACCUUCGACUGGAAUGACCCAGAUCUCGUGGAGUUAAUGAACAAGGCCCGCCGCCAGAUCCUUCAUCGAACCACAGGUGGUACUUAUCCUAAGGCUCUUAUCUGGACCCAAGCAGAGAAAGACGUCCUCAAGGGUCUUAUCAAGGUCGUUCUCGACAGCGGUGUCGCUCCUAAAGAUAUCAAGUGGGAUCCGAUUGCAGAGGGCCUGUUCAAGCACUUCGAGGGCAAGAUCCAACCUAAAGGCUCACCAUUCGCCCAAAAUCAACACCUCAACAAGGAUGGCAGCAUCGAACCACCCCGCCUCAAGUUCGCCAAAAAGCUCAGGCAGGACCGAGAGGGCUGUCCGAACAGAAAAGGACAGACUGUCAAGACACAGGCACAUAAGUAUGGUGACAUUGCGCUGAUGCUGAGAAUGGCGGCGCCUAAGAACCAGCAGCAAGCUUCGGAUUCAGAUUCGGACGACUUGGACGACUCAGAUGAUGAGCAGCCUAAUGGAGCUACCAGCAGCAAGAUCAACAGGGCGAAGAAGAAUACUGCGAAGUCAGCCACAGCGAUUACGAAGGUUACCAAGCAGGUCAAAAAGAAGACGGUUGUCAAGAUGGAGGCCCAUGAGCCUGAUUCAGACAUUGGGAAGAUCGAUGCGCCUUCGCCCCGUCUUCGCGGACUGAAUAAGAGAGACCGAUCUCCUGGCGGUGGCGCUAGUGAUCCUGAUGUGUCUGGGACUCCUCGAUACUCCAAGCUGAUUCGAACUGAACGUCACUGA